AAAACAUUACACACGACAGCGCAAGGACAACACACAUCAGACUUUACGCUCACCCCACACACAUAGGCACUCUAUCACAUAAACUACGUUUUACAUACUACCGCCAAAAUGAGGUUAACUACCGACCUAAUCAACAACUCCCUCUCCUUCAUCAACUGUCUCACGGAGCGUGAACUCGAUCUGCGAGGCCACAAGAUUUCUGCGAUUGAGAACAUGGGUGCUGCAAAAGACAACGACGCCAUAGAUCUCACCGACAACGAUAUCGCGCAACUCGCAAACUUCCCGCUUCAACCCCGUCUCCGUACUCUGUUCCUCGCGCAGAACCGCAUUGCGAAUAUCCAGCCGAACCUCGCAGCUAGCAUACCCAACUUGAGCACCCUCGUCCUUACAAAGAACAGGAUCGCUGAGUUGGCCGACUUGGAUCCUCUGACUGGGUUCAAGAAGUUGGUGUAUCUGUCGUUGAUGGGCAACCCUGUUGCGGGCAAAGAGAACUACCGGUACUGGGUCAUCUGGCGCUGUCCUACAGUGCGCUUUCUGGACUUUACCAAGAUCCGCGAUGUUGAGCGCAAGAAGGCCAAGGAGCUAUUCGGAACUGAAGACGAGCCGACUGAGCUUGCCAAAGAGAUCUCAAGCAACAAGUCAAAGGGCUACGUUGUCCCCAUGCUCGAAAACGGCGACGACUCGGGCAAGGAGCGCAUCUACACAGACGACGAGAAGAAGCGCAUGCGUGCUGCCAUCCUCAACGCGAGCAGUCUUGCGGAAAUGGCCCGCCUGGAGAAGGACUUUGCCGAGGGCCGGAUACCGGCGCACAUUCUAGCUGGCGAAUUUGCAAUGCAAACAUAGUUCGUCUACGUAGACCGGAAGCUGGAUGAGUUGAGAAAAUGGCCCGCGACUUGGGAUACAGCAGACUACGACUACGACUGCACUGACACGCAUAUACGUCAGAUGAAGAGCGCAAUAUCCUACGCCAAAGAAAUCGGUAUGUGCCGUAUUGGACGGAAGAAGAGGAGCAUGUAUGGAACAGUUGUAGCAUUGAAUAGGCUGGCAAAGAUACGCUCUACAGUACGUUCAUCAUGGAAUAGCAUUCAAAGAUAGACUGCAGACAAACAUGAUCUGUAGAAAGAAUUGAAGACAGAUUACUUUGCGCCA